AUGGCUGAUACUUCAACUUCAGCAACAACCCUCUUUUCUCCUUACAAGAUUGCAAACUUCAACUUAUCUCAUAGAGUGGUGUUGGCUCCGAUGACAAGAUGCAGAGCCUUGAAUGGAAUUCCAAAUGAUGCUCUUGCUGAAUAUUAUCGUCAAAGAUCAAGUUCAGGGGGACUUCUCAUCUCUGAAGGAACCAUCAUCUCUCCCUCUGCUCCUGGGUUUCCCCAUGUACCUGGAAUAUAUUCAGAGGAGCAAGUUGAGGCAUGGAGAAAUGUUGUGGAUGCUGUUCAUGCCAAAGGCGGCGUUAUCUUCUGCCAACUAUGGCAUGUUGGCCGCGCUUCUCAUUCCGUGUAUCAGCCUGGUGGUGCUGCGCCAGUUUCGUCCACGGCCAAACCUCUUUCGAAGAGGUGGACAGUUCUCAAGCCAGAUGGUUCCUUUGGCCCGUACUCGGAUCCUCGCGCACUUACCAUUUCUGAGAUACUAGAAAUCGUUGAACAUUAUCGCCAAUCAGCUAUUAAUGCAGUUCGAGCAGGUUUUGAUGGAAUUGAAAUUCACGGGGCACACGGUUAUCUGAUUGACCAAUUCUUGAAAGACGGGAUCAAUGAUCGAACAGAUAAAUACGGUGGAUCACUUGAGAAUCGAUGCAGAUUCUUAAUUCAGGUGGUUCGAGCCGUUGUUUCUGCUAUUGGAGUGGAAAGAGUUGGUGUAAGAAUUUCACCAGCAAUUGAUCACCUUGAUGCUAUUGAUUCUGAUCCAGUCGGAUUAGGCUUCGCAGUGAUUGAAAGACUAAACAGUCUGCAGAAAGAGCUUGGUAGAAAACUCGCCUAUCUCCAUGUAACUCAACCUCGAUAUACAGCUUAUGGCAAAACCGAGCAUGGUAGUAAAAAAGACCAAGACGGAGUUCAUUUGACAAGGAAACUGAGAAAAGCCUAUGAUGGAACAUUCAUGUGCAGUGGCGGAUUCAAUAGGAAGUUAGGAAUGGAAGAUGUAGCUCGAGGCGACGCUGAUUUGAUAUCGUUUGGUCGUCUUUUCAUCUCUAAUCCAGAUUUGGUCUUAAGGUUUAAGCUUAAUGCACCUCUAAAUAAGUAUAACAGGAAGACAUUUUACACACAGGAUCCUGUUAUAGGUUACACAGAUUAUCCUUUUCUCAGCAAAGGAAGCGGGAUCGAGCUAAAUGCGCGUCUGUGA